AUGAGGAUUCGGACUCCGAAAGCGAAUUUGCCGAAGAAUUAUGAGAUUGAGGAAGUGCCAGUGCCCCGCACAAUAGAUGAAGCCUUUAAUUCUAUUAAACAAGGAAAGCAGGUGCGAAAUGUUGAUGGUAGCGAAAUGACUGCUGAGCAAAUUAAUACUUGGCAAGAAACUAUCCGAGAAGUUGAGGAAAUUGAAGAUCAAAUUGUAAAUUUAAAUUUAGAGUUAGAAAACGAGAACCAUUCGUCCGCACGGCAAGCAGAAAUAGAACGAACAAAAAGGGAACUGCAAACAAGAGUAAUUGCAGCCUUAAGAAUAAUUGUAGAUAAGCCAUUGGAAUAUUAUGAGCCAUUCAAUCACACUUAUAUUCCUUCCGCUGAACUAAAAGCAAAAGUUUUAGCCAAAAGAGUAGAAAACCCAACAAUAGAGGAAUUAGAAUAUUUGUUUCUGGUUAACGACGAAUUUGAAGCGGGAGGAGAAAAAUAUUUUGCCCUGAAUAAAGAAACCCUAGAAAAAUACUUAGAACAUGAGCAUUACGACUCUAGUAUUUAUCUUACUCCUCAAUUUGGAUCAAAUGUUUUUUGCCGAGAGUUUGCUAGUUUAGCCGCCGCCCAGGAUUUCAUUACCAAUGAAAAAAAACAAAAAUCUUUUGAACCAAUUGAGGAAAUAAAAAAUGUAAUUUCUAAAUUUAAUAACUUAGAAAUCGGUGAAGCCCGAAAAGAAAAAAUAAAAACCAUUCAGAGCGAAGUUUAUCUAAAAUUGGUGGGUAAUUUAACUAAUCUACUUAGAGCCUCGGGUCUUAAUAGAAACAUUUUAGCCGCAGAAAACCGCAAUUUUGAAGGAGCGAUUACGGAGGAUAUUUCCACUAAAAAAAAUGAAAAUUACUUUACCAAUUUUACCAAAAUAUUUACCGAAAAAACCGGCAAGGGAAGAAGUUUAACCGGAGAAAUUGAAGGCUUGCCUGACCGAGACCUAAUUCUUCCUUACCAAGAAAAAUUAACCAAUCCCGCCCAAACUUACGAAGAAGUUAAAGUAGGAAAUUUAGGUGGCUUUUAUACUUACCGAGCAGUUUUAGAGAAUGCUGCUUCAAUAGAAGAGUUCCGAAAAGCAUUAUUAAAAGCAAAUCAGGAUAUAGAAGACGAAAUCAAUAAUCUGGCAAGAAAUUUUGCUAAAUCUUAUUCCUCAGUACACGGUUUGGCCUAUGUUCUUUCCUUUACCCCGGACGACCCUUCCAGUUUUUUUGUCUUUAAAGGAGGCGAAAAUAAAGUUGAUACUUACCUUACCCAUCUGGCAGAAUCUAUUAAAGAAAAAGCAGGAGAUAAAGCAAGCACAAAUUCGGUUACUCCUAUUAUCACACCCCAAGAAGCUAGAAAUUAUGCUGACAAAGGUUUUCUACCCCAAGAAAUUAUUAAUAAAGAUGAAGUAGAAUUAGAAGGCCAAAAAAACCUAAAUUUCACUAACCAAUUAGCAACUCAGCUUUUUAAAGUAAACACCCCCGAUAAAAAUAAAAUUGAUUAUUACUAUGAAGCAUUUGAAGAUUGUCGCCAAGAUGAAUUAAGCGAGGAAGAUGAAAACAGUUUAAAUUUAUAUGCUAAUUCAAUUAGCAAAGUAGAUAGAGUUUUAGGACAAAUAGACCAAGACAAAAAUUUUGCUACUGAGGAUAUUACCAGAACCGAUUAUGAGAAAGAAAUUAAAACUAUUGACGAGGCGUUAGGGCGAAAAAAUAUCGCUCCGGCGACUAUUGAACUACGAAAACUAGUUGAUUCCUUAAAUGAAAUUACUUCUAACGAACCAGAGGAAGGAUUACGAAAAAAAAUUAUCUUUAAUGCUCGGAGUAAUUUUGUGGCUAAAAUGGUAAACGACGAAAUAGAAAAAUCGGCUAAGGAAUUUAUUGAAAAUCUUCCUCUUGCUGAUUCUUUAACUGACCCCGAAAAAGCAGGUUUGAACUCCAUAGUAAAAGGAAUAGAUUUGGAUACAGAAAGAAAAGAACUUGAAGCAGUAAUUUCCUUUAUUCGCUUAACCAACCAAGGCGAUGAACACGCAAUUGAUUUAAUCAACAAGUUAGUAGAUAAAACUGUGGAAAAUAUUGCCCAAAAUUCACAACCCGGGGCACAUACCUAUAAGGACGAUAAACUUGAAGGAGGCUUUAUUAUUAAAAGGAAAACAGAAUUUACUGCCUUCAAAGACGCUGACUUUAAAAACGUUAUCCGGGAAAGGGUUAAUAAUGCUCUUCAAUCUUCUAUUGGUUACAAAUUAGAUACAAAAAUUCACGACUUUAAGCAAAAAAUUAGAAACCACUACACCAAAGAGGCGGGUAAAUUAAUCUUCGGCAAUGAUAUUUUAAGUUUGCUUGACCCAACUAUGCCCAAAUUUAAUCGUUUAAUAACUGAAAAUGAACAGUUUUAUCAAGGAUUUACUUUUUAUGAUGCACGAAUUGCUUAUGAAAGAGGUUGGAAUGCAGCGGAUGUAUCAGCCAAAGAUUACAAUGACCCCGAAAAUACUGCUCCUUUAAGUGAAAUCACUAUUGAUUACUUGAUUAAACAAGUCCGCGAAGGGCAAAAAAACCUUGCCGAUAUUCAAAAAUACAUGGAUAUCCAUAAUAGCGAGGGUGAACUGAAAAUAUAUAAUCAAAAAGCAGAAAUCAUUGAGGCACUAGAACCGGAAAGCGAAGAAGGAAAAGAACUUCGGGAAUUAAUUGCUAAGUAUUGUAGACCCUUGACUGCCUCGGAUAAUGAACCAGAAUAUCGCACACCAGGCGACCCUAUUCCUAUUUCCUCCGUCGGAACAGAAAAUAAAGUGGUUCGGGCAGGAAGUAUUCCGCGUGGGGCAACUUUAAAGACAGGAGCGGGUAAUUUAAAUACUGGUGUUUAUUCCACCCAGGCUAUUAUUCACGCGGCUCCGGGGUCUUGGACCGAUAAUGGAAACCAGGAAGAAAAAUUUUUCCAAGAAGUAAGUUUGGCCGUAAAAAAUGCUUUAAUUUUGGCUAAACGGGGUGGAUAUCGCCGAUUAGCCGUUCCUUUCCUAGGCUCAGCGAUUUUUGGCGGAAAUAGCGACCGGGCAAAAUUAGCCCGGGUAGUAGUAAAUAGUGCUAUUCAACAAAGUAUAAAGGAUAAUUAUGAGGCAGUAAAGGAAGCCAAAACUAAACAUAAUAAAAUUGAAUUGAGGCGAUUUGAUAACAUUAAAGAUUUUAGUGGAGAAGUGGAUGCGAUUAUUAGUGCGGCAAAUACGCGAGUAGUAAGUCCCGGAGACGGAGGAAUUGCGGAAGCAAUUCAAACGGCCAGCGGAAUAAGAGAGACUUUAAUCCGGGAAAAAAACGGGAUAAUUGGAAAAUUCAAUACCGCAAUUGAAGAGAUAAAUCGCGGCGGACGCCAGGGGGAUAACACUCUAACAGUGGCUUUAAAUAACUUCUUUAAUAGUUUUCCAGCCGGACGAAGCCUGGAUGCAGCACAAAGAGAAACGGAAACUAUUCUCCGCCUUGACCCGACCUUAGUAGAUUUUAAACUUUUGGAAAAAGUCAUUGAGACCACGGAAAUUAUUGAAGCAGUCCCUUUGACCAUAGUUGAUACUCCGGAUUAUGAUGGUUUAGCAACGCUAUAUAGCACUGGGGCGGGCAGACCAAAUAUUGAGCAAAAAAUAGAAGAAGUGGCUAAUCACCCAGACUACAAUAAUUUACCGGCUGAACCAGAAGGGGACGAAGGCGGCAAUCCUCAGCAACCACAACAAACAACCGGAGGCGGUGGUGGGGGAGGCACUCCUCAGCGUACUCCAAAUACAGCUACCGCAACUACAACCACUCCGGAGGCUAAUCCGGUUUUCACUUUCACUCCUAGUGGUCCUAGCAGUUCCAGUCCUAGUGGAAGCAAUUCCGGUGAUUCCGGUCCAAGCACUUCUCCUACUUCCCCGGUCAGCAGUCCCGGUGGUUCGGGCGGUGGUGGAGGCUAUUCCGGCGGCGGCUCAGUAAGCAGUGGGGGAGGCGGAGGCUAUUCCGGAGGUGGAGGAGGUAGUUCAUCUCCUACUACUUCUUCUCCAGCUUCGGAACCGCGACCAUCAUCUAGUUCGUCAACCCCUUCGGCACCUAAACCGGUAGUAACUUCUCCUUCAGCUUCCACUCCAGAGCAAAAACUUAACGAACAAACUAUUGAGCAGUACGUUAGCCAACAAGGUUUAACUAACUGGAGUUAUGAUUCCCAAGAGUUAGAAAAACUAACUACUAGCCAAGCCGUCGCCCAACAUGUAGAGCAAGUUACUGCCCGAGCCCGCCAACAAAAAUUAAAAUUGAAUAUUUUGGUAGAAAUUGGCGAAUUUGCCAAUGAAUUAAGAAGUUUUAAAAUUUGGGCUAAAAAGGCCAAGGUUGAGGAGAACAAAGUUAAAGAGGAGUUAAUUGACUGCUUAUGCUUUUUCUUGGGUUUAGUCAACCUUUAUCAAAUUGAUUUUCUAACUGUUGCUUCUAUUCCUUUUCCAAAAACUGAAUUUAAUGAUUUAGGUCAGUUAAAAAAGAACGAAGUCAUGAACGAUUUAUUAAUGGAUUUUUUUGCUAAAACCUAUCAUUUGGCCUUGGUAGAGAAAGCUGAGUUAUAUCCGUAUCAGGUUAAACUUACCCCUGUCCAAUUAAAAACUUAUCGGGAAUGGUGA